AUGUCAGCUGUCGUCUACAUCGUCUCACACUCGCCGUCCACAGGCGCCAAAUCAUCUCUCGUUUGCGCAAAGACGAAAGUAGCUCCAAUCAAACCACUCACAAUCCCGAGGUUAGAACUCACAGCAGCGCUGCUACUAUCAAAACUCAUCAAGCAUACACAAGCUACACUCCAGCUACCAAUUACUUCAACUCAUUUGUGGACGGACUCUCAAGUCGCACUCAUGUGGAUCAAAUCACCCGCUUCGCGCUGGAAGGACUUUGUCAGGAACCGAGUAACUCAAAUUCAAGAGCUCACGCCUCAAGCUCAUUGGAGACACGUUCCUGGCACCUCCAACCCAGCUGACGGCCCAUCAAGGGGCUUAACCGCUCAACAACUCAAAGAUCACUCACUCUGGUGGACGGGACCACCAUGGAUACUCAAACCAAUGACCUCAUGGCCUCGACAGACUCAACCCUCAGCUGACCUCAGUGCACAUGAGGCCCGUCAAGGCGUUGCGCUCUUCGUGGCCACUCCGAGAGUCGAGUAUCAUUGGGACCUCAUUCAUCGAUACUCGACGCUCUCAAAACUCAUCCGAGUCACCGCCUUGUGCUCUAAGGUCAUUUCAAGAUUGAGGAGACAAACUGACUCACCACUCAUUUCGCGAGACGACAUGGAGGCUGCUAAAGUCUUUUGGAUUAAGGCCACUCAAGCAGCGUAUUUCUCACACGAGCUACGCUCAUUGAAGUCAAAUAUUCCACUACAAAGAACUCACGUUUUUUCUCGAUUGACCGCCUUCCUUGAUCACGAAGGCGUCAUUCGGGUCGGUGGUCGGCUCAACUUGUCAACACUCAGUCCGGAGACCAAGCACCCAGCCAUAUUGCCUCGCCACUCACGCCUAUCAACACUCGUGAUCGACAAUUCUCAUCGUCGCACAUUGCAUGAGGGCACUCAACUCACUCUGGCUGACAUUCGCCAGUCAUACUGGAUACUCGGAGGCAGAGCUCCAGUGAAAACUCACAUUCUCCAUUGUGUAAAGUGCGCACGUCAGCGAGGGAUACGCGCUCAACAGCUGAUGGGUCAGCUGCCUGUAGCUCGUGUCACCCCAUCUCGCCCAUUCACUCACACUGGAGUCGAUUACGCAGGGCCACUCACACUCAAGACCUGGAAAGGGCGAAGUGCAAAAACAAUGAAGGGUUGGAUUUGCGUCUUCGUGUGUCUCACAACUUCAGCAGUUCAUCUGGAAGCAGUCAGUGAUUAUUCAACUGAUGGAUUCAUCGCUGCAUAUCGACGCUUCGUCUCAAGGCGAGGCAUUCCAGGCACACUCUACUCAGACUGUGGAACCAACUUCGUAGGCGCUGAUGCAGCUCUGAAGCGAAUGGUUACUCAGUACACUCACGAAAGUCGUCAAAUUGCCUCACUGCUGGCUGUUGACGGCACUCAAUGGCACUUCAACCCUCCAGCCACUCCUCACAUGGGAGGAAAGUGGGAAGCAGUGGUAAAAUCAAUGAAGUAUCAUCUCAGACGCAUAGUAGGAGAGACUGUGCUGACAUUUGAGGAACUCACAACCAUGCUUUCACAAAUCGAAGCAGUGUUGAACUCACGACCGCUAGAAGCACUCAGCGACGAUCCAGAGGACGUAUCAGCACUCACUCCUGGUCAUUUCUUGACUGCAGAUGCUCUAUCAAGUUUGCCUGAGCCAUCGCUGACUCACUUAAACAUCAAUCACCUCUCUCGUUGGCAACUCAUUCAACAAAAGAUUCAAAACCUUUGGUCUCAGUGGUCAGCUCACUAUCUCCAGCGUCAACAAUCAAUUUCGAAAUGGCAUCAUCCAUCAAAUGAAAUCAAAGUGGGAUCACUCGUGCUCAUCACAGAUGAAAGAUUCUCGCCAGGCAAGUGGCCUUUGGCCAGGGUCACUGCUCUACAACCAGGUGGGGAUGGACUCAUCAGAGUGGUCACACUCAAAACAGCCUCUUCGACACUCACUCGGCCGAUCGCGAAGCUCGCGCCUCUGCCCUCUCAACAACAAGACGUCUCAAACUAG